AUGAUGCUCCUCCUUCUUUCCAUGCUGGUCCUGCUUGCUCAGCCCCUGGGUUACCUGGGAGUAGAAAUGAACUACCUGCAGAGAUCAAUGGCCAGCACCUGUACCUUGGUCAUGUGCAGCCCCACGGAGAAUGGCCUGCCUGGUCGCGAUGGAAGGGAUGGGAGAGAGGGCCCCCGGGGCGAGAAGGGGGAUCCAGGUUUGCCAGGAGCUAUAGGGCAAAGGGGGCUCCCUGGGCCAGCUGGCCCAAUUGGACCAAAAGGGGACAAUGGCUCUGCUGGAGAACCUGGACCCAAAGGAGACUCUGGGCCAAAUGGACCCCCAGGACUUCAAGGUGUGCCUGGUCCAGCUGGAAAAGAAGGUCCUUCAGGGAAGCAGGGGAACAUAGGACCACAAGGCAAACCAGGUCCAAAAGGAGAGGUGGGGCCCAAAGGAGAAAUAGGUGCCCCAGGCCCGCAGGGCUCUGCAGGAACCAGAGGCCCCACAGGCCCUAAAGGAGAGAAAGGUGCCCCUGGUGAGCAUGGAGCUCCUGGAAAUGCUGGGGCAGCAGGGCCUGCUGGAGCUGUGGGUCCACAGGGAACCCCAGGAGCCAGGGGCCCUCCUGGACUGAAGGGGGACAGAGGUGCUCCUGGAGACAGAGGAGAAAAGGGUGAAAGUGGGGUAUCAGACAUCACUGCCAUGAGGCAGCAGGUGAAGGACUUACAGGGACAGCUACAGCACCUUCAGACUGUCUUCUCUCAGUAUAAGAAAGCUGAGCUCUUCCCGGAUGGCCGAAGUGUUGGGGACAAGAUCUUCAAAACAGCUGGCUUUGAAAAAACUUUUGAGGGUGCGCAGGAGGUGUGCACCCAGGCCGGCGGACAGCUGGCCUCCCCUCGCUCUGCAGCUGAGAAUGAGGCUUUGCAACAGCUGGUCACAGCUCAGAACAAGUCUGCUUUCUUGAGCAUGACAGACACCAAGACGGAGGGCAAGUUCAUCUACCCCACUGGGGAGGCCCUGGUCUACUCCAACUGGGCCCCAGGGGAGCCCAACAACAAUGGCGGGGCAGAGAACUGUGUAGAGAUCUUCGCCAAUGGCAAGUGGAAUGACGAACAUUGUGGAGAGCAGGAACUUGUGAUCUGCGAGUUCUGA